GUCGCUAUCAAUCAAGCGCGGCUGCCCCGCCCCCUUCGUCAGUGUGAGUGAGAGCGCAGCCGGAAUAAUGAAUGCACUUCUCUUUUCAACGAUAGUUGCUGCUGAUACAUAGUAAACGGACGUAGCGGAAAAAAAGAAAGACGGUUUCAAAUUGCUAUUUACCAAGCCGCCAACAGCAACCACAGCAUGACAUUUUACAGAGUCUCGGAGAGUGUCUUAUUUAUUUAUUAUGCUAUCUAUGUAACGUUAUUCGGCGCUGCCAAGGCGGUAUCUGUUUUAAAUGUGAUUGAUCGAAGUUUUUAAUGAAGCAUUAGGACUUACCUUUAAUCGUGAUAAUCAUUUUAAAUAAGAAAGGGCUUGCACUGAGAAGGAAUGGCGACUAAUCAAAAUGACUGCUGUGUCAAGGUAUCUUUGAGGAUCCGGCCUCAGAUGGCCAAGGAGAAGAUCGAAGGAUGUCACAUCUGUACGCUGGUGACCCCAGGGGAGCCCCAGGUGCUGCUGGGAAAGGACAAGGCUUUCACCUACGACUUUGUGUUCGACCGGGACUCCCAGCAGCAUGAGAUCUACAGUGCCUGCGUGGAGAAGCUCAUUGAGGGCUGCUUUGAAGGCUACAAUGCCACUGUGUUCGCUUACGGGCAGACCGGGUCUGGUAAGACGUACACAAUGGGGACGGGCUUCGACAUGAACAUCAGUGCGGAGGAGCAGGGCAUCAUCCCGCGGGCCAUCAAGCACCUGUUCCAGGGGAUCGAGCACCGCAAAGGGGAGGCGCAGGAGCGGGGGGAGCAGGCACCCGAGUUCAAAGUCAGCGCACAAUUCUUAGAGCUCUACAAUGAGGAGAUCCUGGACCUGUUUGACAGUGCGCGGGACCCAGACGCCCGUCACAGGAAGUCCAACAUUAAAAUCCAUGAGGACAGCAGCGGAGGAAUCUACACCAGCGGGGUGACGUCACGCCUGGUUCACUCCGAGGACGAGCUGAUUCAGUGUCUGAAGCUGGGCGCUCUGUCCCGCACCACGGCCAGCACACAGAUGAACGCUCAGAGCUCCCGCUCGCACGCCAUCUUCACAAUCCAGCUGUGCCAGAUGAGAGUCUGCAAACGGCCGGGGCUGGCCGAUGGCGAGAUGAAUGGCGUUUCGAACGGCCCGCUCACCCAGCCUGUGAGUGAAUACGAGACUCUCAGUGCAAAGUUUCACUUCGUGGACCUGGCGGGAUCGGAGCGGUUAAAAAGAACCGGGGCCACAGGAGAGCGGGCCAAGGAGGGCAUCUCCAUCAACUGUGGGCUGCUUGCCCUGGGGAAUGUCAUCAGUGCGCUGGGGGAUCAGAGCAAGAAGAGCUGCCACGUGCCUUACAGGGACUCCAAACUGACGCGACUCCUGCAGGACUCGCUGGGCGGGAACAGUCGGACAGUGAUGAUCGCGUGUGUGAGCCCGUCGGACCGGGACUUCAUGGAGACCCUGAAUGCGCUGAAUUACGCCAACCGUGCGCGCAACAUUAAGAACAAGGUGGUAGUGAACCAGGACAAGACGAGCCAGCAGAUCAGUGCACUGCGGGCCGAGAUCGCUCGACUGCAGAUGGAGCUCAUGGAGUACAAGGCGGGGAAGCGUGUGGUCGGGGAGGACGGCUCGGAGGGUUUCAGCGACCUGUUCCAGGAGAACGCAAUGCUGCAGAAGGAGAGUGACACCCUGAGGAUGAGGGUCAAGGCCAUGCAGGAGACCAUCGACGCACUCAACAACCGCAUCACACAGCUGCUGUCCAAUGAGAUCUGUCAGGUCCUUGCCAAAGCCGGCGAUGGCAAUGAAGAAAUAGGUGCAUUAAUCCAGAACUACAUCAGAGAAAUCGAGGAGCUCAGGAGCAAACUGCUGGAGAGUGAGGCGAUGAACGAGUCUCUGCGGCGCAGCAUCUCUCGUCUGUCCUCCCGCUCGCCCUACGCAGCCGGACUGACCCCUAUCGGAACCCCGGGCAGCCCUGCCGUCUCCAUGGAGACACAGGCCUCUGAUGUCAUCAGAAGGGCGAAGCAAGACAUUGAGAAGCUGAAGAAGAAAGAAAAGAAGCAGCGAAGGAAAAGCCCGGAGAAGGAGGGUUUCAAGAAGAGAGCUAAACUCCAGCAUGAGAACGGGGAGGCGGAGUCCGAUGAAGCGGAGGAGGAGGGAGAGCAGGAGGAGAGUGGCUGUGAGGAGGAGGAAGAGGAGGAAGGGGAGGGGAGAGAGGAGGAGGAGUACGAGAGCGAGGAGAGCCUGCAGGACUCCGACUCCGACUCCGAAGAGAAAGAUAACUACCAGGCGGACCUGGCUGAGCUGACGUGCGAGAUCGAGAUCAAGCAGAAGCUGAUUGACGAGCUGGAGAACAGCCAGAAGAGGCUCCACACGCUGAAGCUGCAGUACGAGCAGAAACUCAUCAUGCUGCAAAACAAGAUCCGAGACACCCAGCUGGAGAGGGACCGGGUGCUGCACAACCUCAUGUCUAUGGAGAACUACACAGAGGAGAAGGCCAGUAAGAUCAAGUCGGACUACGAGAAGCGGCUAAAGGAGAUGAACCGCGACCUGCAGAAGCUGCAGGCGGCGCAGAAGGAGCAUGCGCGGCUCCUCAAGAACCAGACCCGCUACGAGAGGGAGCUCAAGAAGCUGCAGGGAGAAGUGGCUGAGAUGAAGAAAGCCAAGGUCGCGCUGAUGAAGCAGAUGAAGGAGGAGCAGCAGAGGAGGAGGCUGAUCGAGGCCAAGCGAAAUCGCGAGAUCGCCCAGCUGAAGAAGGAGCAGCGCAGGCAGGAGUAUCAAAUUCGAACUCUGGAGUCGCAAAAGAGGCAACAAGAAAUAGUUCUGAAAAGGAAAACUCAGGAGGUCUCCGCUCUGCGCCGGCUCACCAAGCCCAUGUCGGACCGGGUUGCAGGCCGGGUCAGUCGGCGCCUCAACACCCUGGACUCGGGUGCGGAGCUGUCUGCCAGCACCACCUCCUCAGAGCCCGAGUCUGCGCGCUCCGUUUCCAACAUCGUGCGGCAGUGGAACAAGAAGAUGAACGGAUACGUGGGGGAGCCCGAGCCAGCGGUCAAUGGGGCGGUCAACGGGGCCCGCACCCCCAGGAAGAAGUUCCAGAGGAAGGGGGUGGGCGGCAGCUUUGCCAAGGUGGCUCGGCAGAAGUGGCAGGCUCUGGAGCGCCGGAUCAUGGACAUAGUCAUGCAGAGAAUGACCAUCACUAACAUGGAGGCAGACAUGGACCGGCUCAUCAAGAAACGUGAGGAGCUGGCGGUGCAGCAGGAGGCGCUGCUGAGGAAGAGGGAGAAAUUCCUGAACGACCCGCUGGAGGACGAGAAGCCCCUGCAGGAGAUGAACGAGGAGAUCGAGGUCCUGAACGCCAACAUCGACUACAUCAACGAUAGUCUCUCUGACUGCCAGGCCACCAUCAUGCAGAUCGAGGAGACCAAGGACGAGCUGGAUUCUGUGGACACCUCGGUGGUCAUCAGUUCCUGCUCCCUGGCAGAAGCGCGCCACCUGCUGGAUCACUUCCUCAAGGCGUCAAUUGAAAAGGGUCUGCAGGUGGCCCAGAAGGAAACUCAGAUCAGACUGCUGGAGGGUCGGCUCAGACAGACGGACAUGACCGGCUCUGCACAGAACCACAUGAUCCUGGACGCGCUGCGGGAGAAGGCGGAGUGCAUCCCGGAGCUGCAAGCACUCAUCCACAACGUGCAGCAAGAAAACGGAUACGCCAGCACAGACGAGGAGGUGUCUGAGUUCAGCCAGGCUUCUGAGGGGAGUUUCUCACAGUCCUUUACCUUGAAGGUGUCUGCAAGCCAAGAUGAUUUUAAGCUAAAGAAUGAGCCGAAGCUGUCUGUCCAGAUGAAAGCUGUCUCUGCAGAGUACUUGGGCCCAUCUCUGGACGUGUCCUCCAGGAACAUGGCCAAGUCCCUGGCGUCUCUCAGCGAGAUCCAAGAGAACGGAGUUGUCUUCUCCAGCAGGGACUCGUACAGCAGAGACAAGGUGUCCCGCACCAUCAGCCUCCCAACCCGGGGGAACACCUUUCCUAGGCAGUCAAGGGGACCCGAGACUUCUCCACUAAACAGAAGAAAGUCCUAUGACCGAGGACAGCCGUACAGGUCUCCAGAAGGGGGAUACACCCCUCCGUCCUCCCCUCCUCUGAGACCCCGCAAUGACAGGAAUGUCUUCUCCCGUCUCACCAGUAACCAGAGCCAGGGCUCUGCGCUGGACAAGUCUGACGACAGUGACUCCUCUCUCUCAGAGCUGCUGAGGGGUGUCAUUAAUCCCGUUGGGGGUAUCAAGGGCACCAGGACAGCCCCUCUACAGUGUGUGUCAGUGGCAGAGGGGCACUCCAAACCAGUGCUGUGUCUGGACGCCACUGAUGAGCUGCUCUUCACUGGAUCCAAAGAUCGGACCUGUAAGAUGUGGAACCUGGUGACUGGACAGGAGAUCAUCACUCUGAGAGGCCACCCCAACAAUGUGGUCUCAGUGAAGUACUGCAGCAGUGCCUGCCUGGUCUUCACCGUCUCCACCUCGUACAUCAAAGUGUGGGACAUCCGGGAUGCCGCCAAGUGUGUGCGCACACUCACGUCAUCCGGUCAGGUCAUUUCGGGUGACGCCUGUGCCAGUAACACCACUCGAACCGUCACCACUGCGCAGGGUGAGUUCCAGAUCAACCAGAUCGCUCUCAACCCCUCCGGGUCCAUGCUCUACGCUGCUGCGGGGAACACUGUCCGCACCUGGGACCUCAACAGGAUGCAGGCGAUGGGGAAGCUGACCGGGCACAUUGGCUCUGUGAUGUGCCUGACUGUGGGCCAGACAGUUGGCAACCAUGACCAGGUCAUCACAGGAUCCAAGGACCAUUAUGUCAAGAUGUUUGAUAACGCUGAGGGGACGAUGGGGAACGUGGGCCCCACUCAUAACUUCGAGCCCCCCCACUACGAUGGCAUUGAGUGCCUGGCGAUCCAGGGGGACAUCCUGUUCAGCGGGUCCAGAGACAACGGGAUUAAGAAAUGGGAUCUGGAGCAGCAGGAGCUCCUACAGCAAAUCCCAAACGCCCACAAGGACUGGGUGAGUGCCCUGGCGUACGUGCCCGGCCGGCCCAUGCUGCUCAGUGGCUGUCGAGGAGGCAUGCUCAAGGUGUGGAACGUGGACAACUUCACCCCCAUCGGAGAGAUCAAAGGGCAUGACAGCCCCAUCAACGCCAUCUGUACCAACUCCAAGCAGAUCUUCACUGCGUCCAGUGACUGUCGGGUAAAGUUAUGGAAUUAUGUUCCUGGCCUCACUCCCUGCCUCCCUCGCCGGGUCCUAGCCAUCAAGGCCCGGGCUACCACCCUGCCCUGAGUCAUCUCCUCCUCCUCUGUCCCUGCUUCUCUACUCUGCUGCUCUGCGUGAUCUGAGCGUGAAGAUCUGGCGUGCGAGAGUCGGGAAGGUUAGCUGAUUUGCUCCCGUGGUGGAGGAGUGCAGGACUCACCGGGACACAGACUCUCUGUGCAGCUCCAGCAGGGUGCAGUAUCCACCUCAUCUUGCUUCCCACAGUGGCACUUUGAUCAAUCAACUACUUGAAACUGAACAUUGCUGCUUUUGAUGUUGCAAGGCCCAUCCUGUUGCCUCUGGAGUACAAACAAGCGGAUAGGGUGAGGGGAGGGGCUUGGCGCUUGCGCUGUAAUGGUGAGGAAAGCUUCAAUUAGAUUGUGAAGCUGUGUGUCUGGUUUACAGGACAGUGUGCCUGCUGUGAGUGCCCGUCCUCCUUGUAGCAGGAGGAGGUUAAUACUGCCUUCGGAAUGCAUCAGUGCCAACCUAAGAGUGUCUUUUCUUGGAUGCUUCUUGAACAGUGGUCAAAAAUACAGACUGACAUUCUUUCAGAGGCAAAGACACUCACACUGAGAAGUGGAAAUCCUUUUAGAAGAAUCUGUAUGCUUUAAAGGUACCCAUGCUGGCUUCAUAGAAUAGAUGAAAGGUGCUUUUUCAAUAGCAACAGGAAGUCUAGGUUUUGUGUGAUCCCACUCUUAAAGGGACAAAACAUGCUUUCAAAUAGGAUUUUUUUGCAAGCUUUUAGCCUGCCUGUUUAGCUCACAUAGUGUCCUCCCGAAGGACCCCUGUAGCAGCUCCUGGUUUAUAAUUAAUAUUUAAUCCUGGGGCUGAAGGCAGGCAGGUUUCAAAGAGGAAUGAAGAUUGUGUCUCUCCAGCUGAACACCCCUUAAGGGAAUGGAAGGAAUGCAUCUUUCUUUUUGAAGGGGGCACAGAACACUAAACUAAUAGACAUGCUCGUGGUCACUGGACUGUUGUCAUGGUAUAUUUCAAUGAGCUGUCAUUUUGAAAUCAGCUUCACCUGACCUUUUGGUGCCUACAAACAUUGUAUAUUAAAGGGUACCUGUAGUGGCAGUGAAUAUAGAAUCAUUUCAAUAGAAAACAUGUGGCUGAAAACUUCUGACACAAUGUGAAGCACCUGCUCGGCCAAUUUACGAUAUAAAAGCAAUAAGACAACGUUCAGCUUCUCUGUAUUGGGGCUCUCAUAGGCACACGUGGUAUGACGCUGGGUCGUUGAUGUCCCUAUUUCAGAACACUGAUAGUCUAUAGAUGCAGCUAACACAAUUAUUUGCGACGGCAUUUAUCCGAUUUAUUAUGGAUGAAAAAAAGUCCAAUAGAAGGGUACUAAUAUGAAACGUUGAGGUCCGACUACCCCAGUUUAACUUUGUCAGGCAGUGAUAGUGAAUAUUCAGACAUGGAUAACAAGGAGUCUGCAACCAGCCUAAUCUGAGACAACUGAACCAAGAAUGCUCCACAUACUUCAUGCACUUGUUGUAAAUGUGUCAAUUAUUUUUAUACAAAACCUCCAUACCAUGCACAUCUAAAGUAAAAUCACUCUAGAUUUGCCUACACAGAACAAAGCACUCUGUACUGUAAGUGGUUGAGAUACAUUUAUUAUUAUUAUUAUUAUUAUUAUUAUUAUUAUUAUUAUUAUUAUUAUUAUUAUUAUACAUUCUAGUAGAACUCUCAGAGUUUACAGCCUUGAGGCUACCUAGUAAGAGUAUGUUUAUUAUCCUGAAACUAAGAGAAAGGGAGAGGUACCGGCCAGAAAGAGAAAGGAGGAAACACACAAACAGGCAGUUUCAACCUAAAAAUACAGUAAUUGUAAUUAGUGAAAAAUUACAAAAAACUCUCGUUUCAGUACAAUAGACACUAAUGAGCAAUAAUAUCACAGCCAGAGUAAAAUUGCAGCAGAGAAAAUGAUCAUUUCUAACAGAAAGUAGUGAGAACAGAGAAAACAGCAUUGAGAGCCUACUACACACACGUGAAAACAGCAUGCGAGCCUACGACACACACACGUGAAAACAGCAUGAGAGCCUGCUACACACACACGUGAACACAGCAUGCGAGCCACUACACACACACGUGAAAACAGCAUGCGAGCCUGCAACACACACACGUGAAAACAGCAUGCGAGCCUGCGACACACACACGUGAAAACAGCAUGCAAGCCUGCGACACACACACAUGAAAACAGCAUGCGAGCCUGCGACACACACACAUGAAAACAGCAUGCAAGCCUGCGACACACACACAUGAAAACAGCAUGCGAGCCUGCGACACACACACGUGAAAACAGCAUGCGAGCCUGCGACACACACACGUGAAAACAGCAUGCGAGCCUGCGACACACACACGUGAAAACAGCACUGCGAGCCUGCGACACACACACAUGUGAAAACAGGACCUUGAGCCUGAGACACACAGACGUGAAAACAGCGAAAAACAGCAAAAGUGUAACAAAUUCCAAACUGGAAAACGAUAAAGAGAAAGCCGAAUACUUCUCUUUUUUCCUCGAAUUCAUACAAGUGUAUUUUUCAAGCUUUUGUAAACUGCUACAACUGAUAACAAAUAAAGUACAUCAAAGUGUGCAAUAAAAAUCCUGAAAUGCUAGUAUCUCAGGCUUCUGCUUGUGACAUUGACCUUUGGUCUCGUCAUUUAUCUUACCCACUUUGAUGUAGUUUAUUCCUUAAUGUUAAUAAAUACAAUUGAGUUAUAUACAAUGACCUACCUUUUGAUGAUGUUGUGUCGCUAAACGUUGAUGCCGGCCUUUGCUGUGUGACGUUUCUUCUUGUGGGCAGUUAUUGUUGGCAUCACAUUGGGUUUUUACCCCAGACACUCCAUAGCAUUUCAUAGCAUUCAGGUUCAAGUCCUAACACAAGAAAGAAUUAUUUUUUUGCUAUGAUUGCCCGUUCUGAAUUAAUAAGCGUUGGAACACAAAAUAACUUUUUUGUCUUAUUUUUAUGCUUAUUAUUCAAGCACCUGAAAGCUUUGCACUUCCCAUGUCGCAUGCUAUGGGUUUUCACCGCUGUAUCCCAUAAACCCAUGCGCCCAACUUUUGGCCUAUCAGGGAAAUCAAUGACUUGACGUCACGUCACUGCCUGAAAGACUCCAAUAGGUCAGCUCCCUCAAGUGUGACUUGGCCCAGAAAGUGGGCAAAGAAAUUGAAAACAUCGCGAAACGCACGAUUUGUUGACCAAAUCAGUGCAGCAAGAAUCAUUUAUUGGAUGUGAGGAGCACAAAGAGAGCUUUGUUAUUUUUGGGUACAGGUCCCCUUUAAAGUUGCAAAGCAUAAAGGCCUUCAACAUUCACAUUUAACUCUGGAAAUACAAUAAAAACCCCGUCCAGCUGGCAAUUUCUUUUUUUUUUAUUUUAGCUGCCACAAGCAGACAAUGAACCAUAAGGUACUCAUCCUCCUCAUACUUGAAAUCUUUGUUCUUAGUAACACACUGGUGUAACACAUUAGCUGUCACAUGAACUAAACCCAUUGGCUAGGUCAGAGGUAUGCAACUCCGGUCCUGAAUUGCUGUUCCAUUCCAUUUUUAACAGGCUGAAUGAAAUGGUUGGGUUUUAUUGCUUCAGCUUAUGAAUUAAUACAUGGUUGGAACAAAGACCUGGGCUGGAAUUGCAAAGGUUGCUUCCCCCUGGGCUAGAUAAUUCUUCAACUCUAAAUAAAUAUUUAACAUAUUAAAUACAAUGCCUGUUAAACAGAUCGCAGUAGAGAACACAGGCCAGUUAGAUUCAAUAAGUGUAGCUUUAUCAUACAACCAGCGCUCCAGAUAAGCUGUGCAAAGCAUUGAGAAAAGAUGAAUUCCGUAUGAUAUUUAAAUGGAAAUGCGUAACUAAUCCGCGCAGCAAUUUCACUGCACAGAUUGAGUCGCAUGUUACCGAGCUUCUUGUACUUCAUUGGUUCCCAGCGUCUCAAAGGUCAGUAGAGACUGCCUGGGAAUUGACAGAAACACGUGACCAAAAAGUCAGAAUUUUCAGUUAAAACAAUCCACUCACUUGCAGUGUGUGUUUGUGACGAGUGAACUGAAUUUCUGGAAGGUAAAUCUAUAUAAUAUCUACACUGUUCUGUGUUUAAAGAGAGUCGGGUGCUUUAUGUUGCUACAGUAAAGUGAUCAAGCAGGAAUACAAUGGUAUCAUUGCAUUAGAAAUCUGUAUGAUUUGCCUGCAGGCUUUUUGUUAAGUAUAUUCCAUCUGCAGCGUUGGAAUAUAAAACAUUCUGUUUCUGUGUUUAUUUGCUUCAUAGCCACAUUGUUUGUGGUCAAUAAAACAAAUAAUAAUAAUUGUUGUUGUACGGGGGUGGGGAGGGGGGGGGGGGGGGGUCAUGACAAGUGAGCUCCGACAAUUCAUUGAUCUCCAUUGAGUGGCACCCUUAAGAGCUAGAAUUGCCAGCAGGACGCCAGGAGAGCAUUCACACUGCUGUAGGGCAGAGCCAUUGUCACAAACAGCUGAUCUCUUACCUUAAUGCCUACUCAACAGCAGUGCCAAUACAUAUGUGUGGGUGCUCAGUCAAAAUACUAAAUAAUAAUAAUUAUAAUAAAAACUUGAAAGACAUGCCGGCAAAUGCAGCAUUUACUGUACAAGACUUGAAUUCUAAUUUCAGUAUUUUUGUGUUUGUUUAGUGAGCCAGUUAUCAGCCAGUACUGUAGAGGAAGCCAGUAGCUUCCCUAACCGAACAACUAAAUGUAACCUAUAUGUAGAUAUAAGAGCAGUGGAUGUGUGUGUUAAUGCCAUUCCUGUAUCUAUACAUGGAGUCUUUGCUAUACUUCAGUAGAAAGGUGUGAGUUCUCUUGCUAUAGUGGAAGACGCAUGAGGCAGGGUUUGACAGUGGCCAGUACAAACAAGGGACCUCAGCAUUGAAGUGUGCGUGCGUGCGUGCGUGUGUGUGUGUUUCACAGCUGAACUGUGCCAUUGCCCAAAGGGUUUGAAGUUUAGAAAUGGACUGUGUGCUUUUCUGCACUGAUACCUGCUGUCAUGCUCCAAUCCCUGUAGUGCAUGUUCGAUUUUAGAUGUGUUUCCAAAUGAGGAUGUUGCUCUAGUAAAUGUCUAGAGGAGAUGAUGAUGUAACUUUUUACUCCUGAAAGGGCCUGAUUUUUCAAGCUUGUAACUGUACUCCAGAUCAGUUUGAAAUAUUAACUGGUUGUAAAUGUACUUAAGGGACAUACCGCUACAGCACUCUCUUUUCUUUGUGUAACCCUUUACCUUUCUAUGAUGUUUCUUUUCGUUCUGAAUGAAAGCACAGUUUAUGGCGCUAUUCUUUAUUUCUUAUGGCACCGCUGUCGGUUUGAUUUAGCCCCAGGCCUUCACUCUACAGAGACUGUUCUUUAGUGUAGUGGCACCCUGGUGUUGACUUGUAAAACAGAUUAAGUGCUGUGUACUGGUCUCAAUAACAGGGUCAAAGGUGUCUUUUAUUGCACAGAAUUGUUUUAGGAAUGUAAAUGUUUGUAAAGAUUUUUUUUUUUUUAUGUGUGCGUGUGACAGAAUGUCUUAAACUGUUCUUUAACAUACACAGCUGUAAAUAUUGUAAAAAAGCUCUAUUUAAAAAAGAAGGAAAAAUGAAAAUGUGAAACCUUUUUUCAAUGUUCAUUGUUGCUGAUGUGAAAUAAAGCAAAACAUCUUGAGUUAACAGAA